UCAAAAAGUUUGAGAAACAGAAUUUUAUCAAAACACUUUCGGUUUCAUCGUGACUCGCAUAAAAUAAAUAGUAUAUUAUGUAAAUUGUAAUAUGCAUUAUAUAUAUGGUUAUCAUAAAUAAUGGAAACCAAUUAGGAUUUAAUUAAAAGAUCAUUGAUAAUCCAUUGUUUACUUACUAACACAAUCGAUUGCUGAAAGUGAAAAGUAGAUAAUUUCAGAGUUGUAAAAAAUGACACUUUAGAAAUGUAGGAAAAUACUUCACAUUAAAUGUAACUGUUUUGGCGUCAUUAGAGAAUAAAUUUUCAAAAUUAAAACCAGUGGAAAUAUUUUUCAAUAAAAAAAAAUAUAUGGAGAUUAUUUUUUAAUAAGAACAAAAAAAAAAAUACAAAAAACAAAAUCCUAUGGUAGAAAAAACUUUUUCGGGUGCUGAUCAGGAUUCAUCAUCAAAUUGUAAAAAUUAUCAUUCGUAUCCCAAUUACAUUCCAUGCGAAUCUUAUUAUCAACCACCACCACCACCACCACCGAGACCUAAUCAACAUUAUUCAACACCGUGCACUUGUCAUUCCAAUCGUCCCUCUGAUUUUAAUACGUAUGAAGUUCAAUCAACCAAAGAAACUUCUUGGCUGCCACUUAUUCUUUUUGCACUUCUAAUUAUUUCCAUAAUUAUUGCUUACAAUUUUCUCCGAAGUUUCUUCUUCGGCCGGAACUUUAGUAAUUCCGAAAGGUCGACUCCUUCUUUUUUAGCACAUCAGAAUCCUCAUUUGCUUCCAAUUGGAGUGCCAUUACGAAAAUUAGAAAAAAGAGAUGCAUCACAAAAUUGUCCUGCAUCAUUCAGUUGUUGCAAUAAUAAUAAUAAUAAGGGAAUAAUUGAACCUAAAUACGAACAAAUAUCUGGCACGUCAACACCAAAAAAAUUAAUUUCACCAUCAAAUUCAAAAAUUUCCGAACAAAAACAACGAAAUAAUAAAAAUAUCUCUAUUGAUACAGCCAGUAAUAAAUCGCAAAAAUUGGAAGAAACUUUAUUAAGAGAUAAUCAAAAAAGUUCUGGAACUUUUAUGACGGAUGAUGAGAAAUUAGCUUUACGUAAAGUUCCUUAACUUAAUAGAUGGGACUUUUUCAUCGUAAACUUUAUUUUAAAAAAACAACAUUUAAUUACGGGAUUUUUCUCAUUAAUAAUCCGUUCACUUACGGAAUUCUCAUUCUACUGUCAGUGGCGGCUGUUUUACUUUUUGCCAUUUUGUUUAAUAAGCCAAUCAGCGGUGAAUCUUUGUACAGCAGAAUAUUAAAAAAAACGCACUUGACAAAUAAAAUUACUGAAAUGUCCUUGAAUAAAUCCAAUUCAGUAGUUGAACAAAAUACUUUGGAUGACAGUAAGGCUUGAUAAGAAAUUUGAGAUUUUCAAUUCAUUCCAAUGAAAGAGAAAAAAAAAUGAACAUUUUUUAAUAAGAAAUUUAAAAAAAUUGUAAGAACAAUUUUAAUUUAAUAAAGAUAGUUGAAACUA